AUGAGACCUCGAGAGAUUGUAUUUCUCUUUAUAAUCUCUUUGGUCAUUUCGGAGAUCACACAUGAAGGCGGAUCGUGUGGACCGUUAGGUGUUCCGUAUAAAAUUUUCGUCGAUCGGAAUGGACGGCCGGAAAUCUUCUGUGAUAACCCGCAAUGUGCCGAAUUUCCGUCAAAGGGUGCACAAAGUGCGAAAUGCUCAUCGAAAUACCUCGAAAAGGUUUGUCUCCGCGAUGACGAGUGGACUGGUGGACUCAUCGAGAUCAACAAUGGAACGCAUAAAAUCCUGAAAACACAAUGUUGUUCCUACGAUGGGCUCCGAGCUGGAUCUCGCUAUAAAGAUGUCCUCUUGGAGGCCAAUGAUGGAUAUACUGGAGGAGUGGUACAGACCGAUUCGACACCGUCCGCUUUCGAUGUUGUGAAAGAGAUCCGGAAAACCGUCACUUCAGAGAACAAAGUCCAAUACCUGAUCACCGUUUAUCGAAUGCCUUGCACUGGAUCGUCUAGUGAAGAUGGCUAUAUCCGGGUGAAAUCGAGAGUGAGAAGACGAAUGUCCUCGACACCGGCAUAUGAAGAUGAUGAAAGCAAUGACUAUUCGACGAGUCGCCGACGGUAUCGCCGAGUGGGAAGAAAUAGGAGAAGACAUCAAACCCGUCGACCUUUAUAUCGCCGGCAAUAUGAGUAUGAAGAUUCGUACGAUUAUGAUUACCCGCUUGCGCCAAGGAGAAGAUACCAAAGUCGCUACGAUGGAGAGGAUCGUCUCUGGCCUGUCGCUUAUCCAUCAUCACAGCGUCGUCGAGUUUAUGGUGUUGAUAUGUACGAUACAGAGGAUUCCCUUCAAUAUCCGCCCACCUAUGACACAAGACAAACGACACAAUUUAUCGAGACAGCUACAGCGAGGGGUUACUCAAGGGCUCUGGCUGCAAAAUUGGCUCGAGAAGCAGCCGACUAUGAGCCGGCUCCACUUGCCGCGCAAUCAUCGGACAACUCGUAUGUACCAUCACAACAAAUGCCAUUAGAAUCGGUCAAUGUGGCGCCAUACGAUAAUAGUUACGGUGGAUCGGCUCCGGCCGCCUCUCAACCAUUGAACGUACAACAACCUCAAAUGGAUGGUCCACAAGGGCCACCAGUUUACUCGACGAUGCAAAAUAGUGGACAACAAUAUGGACAAGCACCAGCUAGUUUUAGCAACGCCGUCUUCCCAGCAAUGCCCUCUCCACCCACUCCAUGCACGAAUCCAAUGGGUUGUGGCCCCGGUCCAGUCGGUCCAGCUCCAUCCUCCUACCCUAUCGCUCCACCAGCUCCCACCUACAAUUCCUAUCCAACAGCACCCGCUUAUCCAGCUUAUCAACCAGCGUAUCAACCAUCGUAUCAACCGGCAUACCAACCGGCAUACCAACCGAGUUACUCGUAUCCAUCAUACGGAUAUCCGUCUUCUUAUGGGGGCCUGAAUGGUCUCUUCACCAAAAUGCAGUGUUUCUCGAAAAAUUCUGAAGUCGAGACGCCGAGUGGAAAGAAGAGAAUCGGCGAAUUGGAGAUCGGGGAUCUGGUGUUGAGCAUUGAUGGGAAUAUGGUGCAAUUCUCUCCAGUUAUCAUGUUCAUGCAUAAACUCGACGACGAGCUUGCCGAGUUCAAUCGGAUAACGCUGGAAAAUGGGGACUUCAUCGAGUUAACCGAUAAACAUUUGAUCUAUGUGAGCGAUUGUGAAGAAGAGGAGCUGUCGUUGAUUCAAUCGAAAGAUGUCAAAAUCAAUCAAUGCCUUCAUUCAUUGAGCUCUGGAACACAGUUGGAGCGACAAUUGGUCAAGAAUAUCACACGGAUAUCCGGUGUUGGCAUUUAUGCUCCAUUGACGUCAUCGGGUGAUCUCUUUGUGAAUGGAAUCCUCUCAUCAUGCCAUUCCAAUUUGGGCCUCAAAACCCUUCAACAAACAUUUUGGACUUUACACAAAAAAGUGCAAACAUUAAUGGGUUGGCAUACCGAUCAUCAACGGGAAGAAAUUGUACAGCUUCCCUUCGGUGUCGCCUAUUUGACCUCAGUCCUCGAUCUCUUCUUGCCGAAACAGUUCUUC